CAAUCUUUACCUUUGUUCACAAUUCUCAAGAGAGAGAGAAGGGUCUGCUUUGGCGGUUGGAAGCAGCAGCAGUUGCUAUCUCUCUCUUAUAAAAACAAAAUCAUUGCUUCGUAUACAAAAUUCGAUCUCAGGUGUUAAGAUUAGGCCAACGGUUCUCUUCUUCUUCUCUUUGAUUCUUCAAACCAAAGCCAUAAACCCAAAAAAAAAAAAACAGAGUUUGGUUCGAAUAAAAUAUAAAGAUUCCAUUUUUAUGGUUUGAUUCUUGGUCGCCAUCUCUCGCCCAACUUCUUCACCUUCUCUGACAUAAUCACUACACUUUCUUCUAUCUUCUUCUCCCUAUAAUUAGAAACGUGAUCUUCCCUCCAAACUUGUUUCAUUCCACACUCAAAUUAAAAAAAAAAAAAUUAUUGCUUUUUCUCCUUUUGUUCGUGGGUUUGAAUUUCGAUUUACAAAUAGUACUUGGGUUUGUGGUAAAUCACGUUUCCGUUUGUAAAAGAGCUUCCUUUUUUUUGGGGCAAAUCGUGGAGUUCGUGUACGGAGCUGCAGAUAAGGUUUUAAAAUCUUGAAAAAAAGUUCCGAUGAAUACACGUUAUUCCAGUCAGCCGGAGGAGUUAUCUUCCAGUAACAUUUCCAUCACUAUUUCAUCGUCUGCUUCGUUAAACUCCACACCUCGAGGCGAUAACAGUCAUGUUACUACUGCUGGUAAUAAUGAUCAAGAGAGGUCUCCUCCAUCUUCGUUUUACAUAAGGUUGGCUAUGAAGGUGUCUAGAGCUAGGUGGUUUAUCUUCUUGAGAAGAGUGUUUCACUACCAGAACGGUUCAAGAUCCGAUCUUGGCUCUAAUCCUUUCAAUUCGAGUGUUUGGAUGAUGUCUGAGCUCGUUGCUCUGCUUGUUCAGCUCACUGUGAUAACACUCACGCUAGCUAUCUCUAAAGAAGAGAGACCUAUUUGGCCAGUGAGGCUAUGGAUUACGGGUUACGAUGUGGGAUGUCUUCUGAAUCUCAUGCUGUUAUAUGGUCGGUAUCGUCAACUAGAUGUUGGUUUUGUCCUUGGAGAUGUUGAGCAGCAACAGAGAGGCAGAGAAGAUACAAGGUCAUCUCAUUUGAUGAACAAAUGCAGAACGUCGUUAGAGCUAUUCUUUGCGAUAUGGUUUGUGAUUGGGAAUGUUUGGGUGUUUGAUUCUAGGUUCGGUUCUUUCCACCAUGCUCCCAAGCUUCACGUCUUAUGCGUUUGUCUUCUAGCUUGGAACGCUGUCUGCUAUUCCUUUCCCUUUCUUCUCUUCCUCUUCCUUUGUUGCCUUGUGCCUCUCGUUAGUAGCAUCCUUGGAUAUAACAUGAACAUGGGAUCCUCAGAGAGAGGAGCAUCAGAUGACCAAAUCUCUAGUCUCCCUAGUUGGAAAUACAAACGAAUAGACGAAAAUGCUUCUGAUUCUGAUUCAGAUUCAGCUACCACAACCGAUGAUCCAGAGUGUUGUAUAUGUUUGACAAAAUAUAAAGACAAAGAAGAAGUAAGGAAGCUUCCAUGUUCACAUAAGUUCCACUCAAAGUGUGUAGAUCAAUGGCUUCGUAUAAUCUCCUGUUGUCCUCUCUGCAAACAAGAUCUUCCAAGAUGACAAAGCGAAAAACUCUAAAAGCAAACAAAAGAGUCAACAAAAUCUCUGAUUAAGUUCUAUACUUUCUCUCUUUUGUUUUUUUGUUUGGUUUUUUUUUUUCUUUCAAAGGUUAUAAUUUUUUUAGUUUUGGUUUGAAGCAAGUCGGUUACUUGUGUGAGUGUCAGAUUUUUUGUACAAAAGAGCUCACCAGUAAUUGUAAGUUACAUUGCGAGUAGAUGAUGAUGCAAAUCACAAUGGCAAAAAAAUUUAUAAAAUCUUAAUAUAGUGUUACACAUUUAAUAUGUU